AUGGCCAGGCUAAGCCUUUUGUUGGCGCCACUCGUCGCCGUGCUUUCGAUUGUUUCGGCCUUCCCAACCCAGCUGCCUUCACGGGAUUCAGCACCUGCGUUACCAGUGGACGACCCUUUCUAUAUCCCUCCUGAAGGUUUUGAGUCCUCGGCGCCUGGGACAAUUCUCCGCCAUAGAACUCCCCCAAACCCAAUUGCGGCGCUUGGCUUCGCCAAAGUCAACAUUCAGGCAGCACAUCAGAUCCUUUACCGAACAAGCGACUCUUCUGGCAAUGCCAUUGCAACAGUUACUACCAUCCUGAUUCCCCACAACGCCGACUACUCCAAGCUGCUCUCCUACCAGGUAGCUGAAGAUGCAGCCGACCCAAACUGUGCCCCCUCCUAUGCCCUACAGCUUGAGGCAGCCCACGACGGUAUUCUGGGCCUGGUAAUCCCGCAAGUAGAAUUAUUGUUCUUCGGCGCAGCCCUUAAUAAAGGCUGGGUGGUGACAGUCCCAGACCAUCUCGGACCCAAGGCAGCCUUCCUGGCCAACAACCUCUCUGGGCAAGCGGUUUUGGAUAAUAUCCGUGCUGCCUUGGCAUCCUCGAGCUUUACAAACAUCACUUCGGAUCCUACCAUCGCGCUAUGGGGGUACUCCGGUGGAAGUCUGGCCAGUGGAUUUGCCGCAGAGCUGCAUCCCACCUAUGCCCCCGAGCUCAAUAUUGUGGGAGCCGCACUGGGUGGUACGGUGCCCAAGAUUCGACCGGUCAUUGAGGCAGUCAACAAGGGUCUGUUUGUCGGACUCGUCCCCUCCGGCAUCCAGGGUUUGGCGAAUGAGUAUCCCAGCAUCCAGCAACUUAUUGAUGCCGGACUUAAACCAUCAAAGAGGGCUGACUUCAACAAGACCCAAAAUCUGUGUCUUUCGGGAGAUAUACUUCAAUAUCUUGGUCAGGAUAUCUACGAUUAUACGAAUGACCGGAAUAUAUUCGAUCAGCCGGCGGCUGUGGAAGUGAUGGAUGCCAACGCGAUGGGACAGCAUGUGCCCAAGAUCCCUCUUCUGGUAUACAAGUCUGUUGGGGAUGAAAUAAGCCCCGUGAAUGACACCGAUGCUCUUGUUGAGACUUAUUGUCAGGGUGGAGCUAGCGUUGAGUAUAAGCGUGAUGAACUCUCUGAACAUGCAUCACUCGAGAUUACGGGGUCCGCUGAUGGGAUGCUCUGGCUCAUCGAUCGUAUGAACAAUAAGCCCGUUCAACAAGGAUGUACCAAAUCUACUGCGAUCACCGGUCUUGCUGACCCGAAGGCUCUUCUAGCCCUGGGCGAUGAGAUCGUUACCCUCCUUAAGGCAAUCCUAUCAGGGCCGAUCGGGCCUGGUGUCGUCGGCUAA